CGGCCCGUUGCACAGGUAAACAGAUGCUGAACUUUUUGCUGCCUCCGCCGGUGUGAUCGAUCCCACACCGCUUCAGUGUAGGAGAAGAAGCUUGUGGUGGAGGAGUGACGGCGGGUCGAGCGUGUGUUUGUCCCGGACAGCUGCGGAGCAGGAGGAGCGAUUUAACCCGGAAACUUAGAACGCUUUUCAUGUCCACAUCAGAGAAACAACAAAGUUCCUGUUAGCUGUUAGCUUCAGUUAGCAGCGUGCGUCCGCUGCCGGGUCAUCCAAACCGGGGUAAAGUCCCAGUCCGGGUCGAGAGCUGCUCGGCGGGAGGGUAGGACACUCUGCAAAUGGCAGGAGUUUGAUAAACGACUUUGUACGACAGCGUGCCGUCUGCCGCCUGCUGCACAUACAGGAUAGUUAGGAGCUAGCGCUACCGGAGCUAACAACCCGGAGCUGGACUCCGUGCACCGACAUACCGACUGUGGAUGUUCAACAGGUCACCGGGUGCUGCUGCUGAAACCGGGUGAAUUUAUUCCAGAGCUCCCUGAGAACCGACAGCACACCUGCGGGACGACUGGAGCCGGUCCUGGUUGUCUGUGGUGGGUCGUGCUCUGAGGUCAUCAUGACAUUUCCUUGAUGCAAAGCACCGCAGUCCACAGCGGACCUCUCUGGGAUCAGGUUUGGUUUGGACUCCCGUGACACGCUGCGGUGUCUGUGCCCUGAUUAGUCGCUCGUCGGCUGUCUGUCAGCAUGCAGCUGGCCUAUGAGAAACUGCCUGCUCAGCUGAGGCGGAACUCCAGACUCAGGAAAUUGACGGCCAUUGUGCUCGCCGCGUACGCGGUCAAAAAGCUGUCCCCGUACCUGUGGAGGAGGCUGCAGAGGAGUGCAGCAGGCAAACCGCUGGCUGGAUCUGAUCCACCUGUGGGUGCAGUCAACGGUGUUGAUGAUGGCGCAGAGAAGAAGAAGAAGAAGAAGAGUGACAGCAGGUCUCCGUCGGUAAACAGGGAAUUUUUCCUCAGACUUUCUCGGCUGCUGAAACUCUUGUUUCCACGGUUGCUUUGUCCAGAGAUCGCCCUGCUCGCCUUGCACUCUCUCACUCUGAUGUCCAGGACCUUCCUGUCCAUCUACGUCGCUUCUCUGGAUGGUGUGAUAGUGCGGUGUAUCGUUCAGAAGGAUCCUCAGGCCUUCGUGCUUCAGCUCUCCAAGUGGCUCCUCGUCGCAGUUCCUGCGACUUUCAUCAACAGCGCCAUCAGAUUCCUGGAGGGUCAGCUGAGCCUCAGCUUCAGAACCCGAUUGGUCAGCCAUGCCUACCAGCUGUACUUCACCAAUCAGACUUACUACAGAGUCAGCAACAUGGACGGCCGUCUGUCCAAUCCCGAUCAGUCUCUCACUGAGGACAUCGUCAUGUUUUCAGCCUCCAUCGCUCACCUCUACUCCAACCUGACCAAACCCAUCCUGGACGUAAUCGUCACCUGCUACACGCUGCUGCGCACCGCCCGCUCCAAAGGAGCAAACACAACGUGGCCAUCGGUCAUCGCCGGCCUGGUUGUAGCGCUCACGGCUAAAGUCCUGCGCUCCUGUUCGCCUCGAUUUGGGAAGUUGGUGGCCGAGGAGGCAAAGAGGAAGGGAGACCUGCGAUACAUGCACUCACGAAUCAUCACCAACUCAGAGGAGAUCGCCUUCUAUGGAGGACACAAGGUGGAGCUGGCCCAGCUGCAGAGGAGCUACACAUCUCUGUCCUCUCAGAUCCAUCAGAUCCUGCUGAAGCGCCUCUGGUAUGUCAUGUUGGAACAGUUCCUCAUGAAGUACGUGUGGAGUGCCUCCGGCCUGGUGAUGGUCGCCGUACCCAUCAUCACCGCCACUGGAUACUCUGAACACGACUCUGAGGAGGUGAAGCAGGCUGCCAUGGUGAUGAAGGAGGAGGAGCUGGUGAGUGAACGGACGCAGGCCUUCACCACGGCCAGGAACCUCCUGAAUGCUGCGGCCGACGCCGUGGAGAGAAUCAUGAGCUCCUACAAGGAGGUGACGGAGCUGGCAGGUUACACUGCUCGAGUCUCUGAGAUGUUGGAUGUGUUUGAAGAUGUGAAUCAGGGAAUCUACCGCCGUUCUGCAGACAGAGAGGAGGAGGAGGAGUUAACAGCUGAAGGAGGAGGAGCUGUUCAACACGGGCAGAGAGUCUGUGGUCCGCUGCAGAUCAGAGGUCAGGUGAUCAGUAUGGAGAAGGGGAUUCGCUGUGAGAGCCUGCCAAUCAUCACGCCUACUGGAGAUGUGGUGGUGUCUAGUCUCAAUAUCCAGGUGGAUGAUGGGAUGAACGUGUUGAUCACCGGUCCAAACGGCUGUGGGAAGAGUUCCCUGUUCAGGAUCCUCAGCGGCCUGUGGCCCGUUUAUGGAGGAGUCCUGUACCGACCAGAGCCGCAGCACAUGUUCUACAUCCCACAGAGGCCAUACAUGUCAGAGGGGACCCUCAGAGACCAGGUGAUCUAUCCGGACUCAGUGGAGGAGAUGGUUCUGAGAGAAGUCACAGAUUCAGACCUGGAGGAGAUCCUUCGCACCGUCCACCUGCGCUACAUCCUGGACAGAGAGGGAGGCUGGGAGUCGGUCAACGACUGGAAAGACGUUCUGUCCGGAGGAGAGAAGCAGAGGAUGGGGAUGGCUCGGAUGUUCUACCAUCGUCCUCGGUACGCUCUGCUGGACGAGUGCACGAGUGCCGUGAGCAUCGACGUGGAGGGAAACAUCUUCCAGGCCGCAAAGGAUGCUGGGAUCGCACUGCUGUCAAUCACACACAGACCCUCUCUGUGGAAGUACCACUCUCACCUGCUGCAGUUUGAUGGAGAAGGAGGAUGGAGGUUUGAACCUCUGGACGCCUCUACACGUCUCUCUCUGCAGGAGGAGAAGCAUCGUUUGGAGAACCAGCUGCUGGGAAUUCCUAAGAUGCAGCAAAGACUUGCAGAGCUGUGUGUCCUGUUGGGGGAGGCGGAGGGGGAGGCCGAAGGGGAGAAAGAAGAGAAGUGACCCUCCUGAGGUUACAUAGUGAUGGGAGAGUGAUGAUAUUAAUUGCUGGUUGGGAUGGAGAGAAAAAAAAAACACACACACACACAUUUGUAUUCCUUUUCUUGUAUGGACCUGGCAUUGACUUGAUGUGUCUUCAAAACCCUUAUCUUUGAACCUCAAGUGUCCCUCUGUACUGGACAGGAAGUCCCCACAGAGCAGAAAUACCCUCAUAAAGUACAAAUGCCUUUGUAAGACAGAAAUAUCCCCAAAGUGUCCCCAAAAUGCAUAAAUGUCCUCAUAAUUCAUAAAUGUCCUCACAGUGAAGAAACGUCUUUACAGUUCAGAAGUGUCCUCAAAGUGAGACAAUGUCCUCAAAAAAUGUAGAAGUCUCGCCAAAGUUCAGAAAUGUCCUGGGGAGCAAAAGUGCCCUCACGAUGUAGAAAUCCCCUCAUUGUUCACAAUGUUCUGAAAUGUCCUCAUAAUCCAGAACUGUCUCUAUAAUGUGCAACUGUCCUCAUAUCACAGAAAUCCCAUCAUAGUGCAUAAAAAAUCCUUGCUAUGCAGAAAUGUCCUCAUAUUGCCGAGUGCGCCUGGUGGAUGGUCCACACGUAGACAAACAUGUACAGUACCAGAAAAAAGUUUGGACACAUCUUCUAAUUCAGGGGUUUUUCAUUAUUUAAA